CUGUUUGCUGGAGGACAGAGGCUUUCAGCAGGACAAACCUCUGCCACACCCGAUUGGUUCCUUCUCUUCACUCAAAAAUUAAGGAAAGGCAAGUAGUCUCCUUUCCCUGAACAUGCAGAACCCCUCCUGAAAGCAAAGGAGAACGAGAAAUUUAAUUUUACAAUUUUUCCCCCAAAGGAGCUUUGAUGAUCUUGUUGUUUCAUAGGACUCAAAGUAUACAGUGAAGUUGCUGAGAUGUUCUCAGAAGCUGUUUUAGCUGUACUGCUGUACACAACCCUGGUGCCCCUCCAUGCUCAAAAUGAUGAAGAUGUGGUUGUUGGAGCUUCAUCCUGUUUAGAUAAAACUGACUGCCCCGUCAGGGUGUACUUUGUGAUUGACACAUCUGAGAGCAUUGCCCUACAGACUGCGCCUUUGGGGAUUCUAGUGACCCAAAUGAAGAACUUCAUCCCUGAAUUCAUCACUAAGCUGGAGAAUGAGCUCUACCAGAACCAAGUGUCCAUCACUUGGCAAUUUGGAGGACUUCACUUUUCAGAUGUGGUGAAAAUAUAUAGUGAGUUCACCAACAGCAAGUCGAUAUUCCUUGAUCGGUUGAACAGCAUUCAGUACAUAGGUCGGGGCACCUUUACGGAUUGUGCUCUCUCCAACAUGACCGCACAGAUACUUGCCAACACAUCCCCUGGGGCUGUGAAUUAUGCAAUCGUGAUCACUGAUGGCCAUGUGACGGGGAGCCCCUGUGGAGGGAUGAAACUGCAAGCUGAAAGAGCACGAGACGCAGGGAUCAAGCUCUUUGCAGUAGCCCCUAGCCAGAACAUCUUUGAACAAGGGCUCAGAGACAUUGUCAGCUCCCCACAUGAGCUUUACCGUAGCAACUAUGCCAUCACAAAGAUUGACCCUGUCACAAAUACAGCGACCACCGAAGUAGAUUCCAAUACUAUUGAUAGGAUCAUCCAAGUUAUGAAACAUGAAGCUUAUGGAGAGUGCUACAAAAUGAGCUGCCUAGAAAUUGAAGGCCCAGUUGGUCCAAAAGGCUUUCGAGGACAAAAGGGUGCAAAGGGCAACAUGGGAGCACCAGGUGCUGCCGGGCUGAAAGGACGACAGGGUGACCCAGGAAUUGAAGGUCCAAUUGGAUACCCUGGUCCCAAGGGUGUUCAUGGUCUAAAAGGAGAAAAGGGAGAGUAUGGAGGAGAUGGACGGAAGGGGGCUUUUGGCUUGUCUGGAAGGAACGGCACUCAUGGACAGAAGGGCAAGCUGGGACGUAUUGGACCUCCUGGCUGUAAGGGUGACCCAGGUGACAGGGGUUCUGAUGGUUAUCCUGGAGAUGCUGGAAAUCAAGGACCACCAGGAGAUGAAGGGAUAAAGGGUGAUCCUGGCCGUCCUGGUCGCAGUGGACUAUCUGGGCCUCCUGGAGAAAAAGGAACCAGGGGACCAAAAGGCACCAAUGGAGCUCCAGGCAGUCCUGGUAUCAAGGGAGCCAGAGGUGGUCUUGGAUCUCCUGGACCCAAAGGAGAACUUGGCCGUCGUGGUGAUCCUGGAACAAAGGGGGGCCCUGGAAAUGCUGGAUCCAACGGGGAGAGAGGAGAUCCUGGUUCUGAGGGACAAAGAGGCCUACCAGGAGAAGUUGGAAACAAAGGAGGAAGGGGAGAUCGAGGAUUGCCUGGCCCACGAGGUCUUCAGGGUGGUGUAGGAGAACCGGGCAAACCUGGCUCACGAGGCGAUCCCGGUGAUACAGGUAUAAGAGGUGACUCAGGUCCUUCAGGUCCAAAGGGAGACAGAGGAAGACCUGGCUUUAACUAUCCUGGCCCCAGAGGACUCGCGGGUGACAAAGGUCAGAAGGGGAUUCCCGGACCAGAGGGUGCAAGAGGUGACUUUGGACCAAAAGGCCCUCCAGGCACAAAAGGAGGCAGAGGUGAACCUGCUGAUCCUGGUCCACCAGGUGAGCCUGGACCCAGAGGACCAACUGGGGAACCAGGUCCUGAGGGUGGCCCUGGCCCUGCUGGAGAUCCUGGCCUCACCGACUGCGAUGUGAUGACCUACAUCAGAGAGACCUGUGGCUGUUGUGACUGUGAGAAGCGGUGUGGCCCCUUGGACAUAGUCUUCAUUAUAGACAGCUCAGAGAGUAUUGGUUAUACUAACUUCUCCCUGGAGAAGAACUUUGUCAUCAAUGUGGUGAGCAGACUUGGUUCCAUUGCCAAGGAUCCAAAAUCUGAGACAGGUGCACGUGUCGGGGUGGUGCAGUACAGCCACGAAGGGACGUUCGAAGCUAUCCAGCUGAACGAUGAGCGCAUUGACUCCCUCUCCAGUUUCAAAGAGGCUGUGAAGAAGUUAGAGUGGAUUGCAGGGGGCACCUGGACCCUCUCUGCACUUCAAUUUGCUUACAACACUCUCAUCAAAGAAAGCCGGAGAGAGAAAGCCCGAGUGUUUGCUGUGGUCGUGACAGAUGGGCGCCAUGAUCCACGGGAUAAUGACUCCCACUUACAGGCUCUUUGUGGCAGGGGUGUCAUUGUCCACGCCAUUGGGAUUGGAGACAUGUUCCACAAGCAAGAGGAAGAUGAGACCCUGCGCUCGAUUGCUUGCAAUGAUGCCCAGAGAGUCCAGAGAAUGAAGUUGUUUACAGAAUUGGUGGCUGAAGAAUUCAUUGACAGCAUGGAGCACGAGCUCUGUCCAGAUCCUCACAUUGUCUGCCCUGAGCUGCCCUGCCAAACAGAUGGGAGGAACCCUGGGAUCGAAAACCCAGUUAUUUUCCGCCCUAUGGAAGAGGGAGGCAAGAUAACUUUUCCCAGCACCAAACCAAUGAUCGCCCAGUUCCUAAACUCCACGAGGGAAAUCCAGGACCCCAGCAUGUACACCCAGCUGGUGGCCACCUUGGCCUAUACCGCCGAAAAAGCCAAGUUUUCCACUGGACAUGAGCGGCAGGAGUGGAUGGACUUGUUCAUUGACACUUUUAAAAUGGUGCACAGCGAGAUUGUUGGGGAUCCAGAGACUGUAAUGGGCCUUUGCUGAGACUGUGCUUCUGCCUCUGUAAACAUAAUAAGAUUUCAUUCUGCAUACAAAGCAUAAAGCUAGUCAGAAAUGCAAUUUUCUCUGUAGAAAUCUUACUGGAACUCUCAUUAGUGCUAGGAGAUUACAGCAAGGGAAGCUUCUAGAAAUAGGAACAUUCUAAACAGUCAGUCUCAACUGUUGUUAAAGCUUAUAUGCAUCUUCACUGCCAGACUAGCUCAUUUGGUGCUUGCCAGAGGAUAAAUCUAGCUACUCUGUUUGUAGACAACAGAGCAAAGAAGGCAAGAUGGCUGAAUAACAGACUUGCCUGAGUUCCUUUCCUAGAAAUCAGGCUAUGCUGAGUAACUCACACAUUCUUUAAACGAUCCAACCUGAAAUGAAGUGGAGGGAGGGGAAUCUAAGGAACAACACUCUUGCUGUUGGUCUUCCUGGAAUAUAGUAGAAUGAGGUGACAACCACAUGAUAGCUAUGUAAAAACCUACCACAUGGUGGCACUAAUAUACGUGGUAGGUGCCGCCUCUGAUCAUGCUGCAAACUAUGAAAUACUAGCCGCAGAAAGACCCAGCUGUUUCCCACUUUUCUGAAGUGAUUUCAGGAGAGUAGGAAUCCUCAGUUUACCACAUACUUUCAGAUGAUGGCUUCUUCACACUGUUACAAAUGUUAAGGAAUUUUUCAUGCACCAGGUAUAAGUUUUUACCCAUAACACACCUGAAUCAAUAGCAUUGCCAGUAUAUCUGUAUGACAGAAGUUGCUCUUUCUGAGCUGGCAACGUGGUAAUGUGUUGUAAACUUAUAUGUGUUCCUCUUCCUAUUGACUAACUAUAAAUUGAUCUCUCUCUUUCUAUUGCAAGGGCUUUCCUAGGUAAUUCCAGGGAACAUCAAUCCCAUAAAUCUUCUCUCUCCUUUGAAUUUCAAGAGUGAAGUCAGACACUCUAAAGUGUGGUGGAAGUGUUUUGAACACCCAUUCACAGCAUUCCAAAACACUUUUCAGACCUGAGAAUGUGGGUUCAAACCAUAACCUAUGUCUCUGUCUUCACCCUAAAGCUCCCUACUGCCUUGGGUGCUCCCAAUAAGACAUAACUUCAACUCUAGUCUCCCAGAUCAGUUACUCAGCUCUGUAGCCACUGAUGAAAACUGGUAAAGAGUAAACAGCAGGGAGCCUUCUUAGUGAACCUCAGGAUUGUCCUUGCUAAAACUUGUGUUCUAUGGUGCUUUGUCUCAUUGUCCAUCUAUUUGUUUGUUUUUGUAUAUAUGAGGUUUUCCAUUUUGCACAUCCUUUGUUCUUCUUAGAUAGCUACUGACAUCCUUAGUCCCAGGGGGAAAUUACUGAUGGAAGCUAAUAACCCAGUGACUGCACAGUUAAAUAAGGAUAUUCUGUUACUGUACUUGUAAAACUUAGCUUUGUGAGUAUUCAGAUUGUUUCUCUUGAGAUCCAGAGAUGACUGUCCAGCCACCUUUUUGUGAUUAAAUGUCUCUGAUACACAAGGACCUGCAACUGGAUCCAAACACACCAUAGAUGGCCAAUAAGAAAAUUAAGCUAGCCAUCAAACACAGAAGUAAUAAAUUUACAGUACUGUUAUAUUUUCAGCACAGUAAGAAAAGUGGCAUAGCGCUGUUAAUCCAUUCCCUAUAAAGAAAUGUUGCAUUUAUAAUACAUUUUUGGGAAAGCAACAAAUAUUUUUUCAAAGGCUCUGAAUAAUUAUCAAAUUCAGUAUUUGUGUUUUCUUAUUUUUAGUCAUGGCAAAGGAGAGAAGAUCCAACAUGACUUCAAAAUAGUCUUUUCCUGAGCAAACAUGGGUUUUGUAGUAGUUGUUGUUGUUACCAAAUCAUGGGAAACAAGUGGAGUUAGACUGUCUGAAAGAAUUCAGUAAAUGAUGGAUUGGUUGUUUUUUGGACCCUUUUAAGCAACUUAAUUUUACUUAAUUCUCACUAUUGUAAAAUUCGGUAACGGCUGUCUAAAUCCAAAGUAAUUAUUGAUAUCAUACAUCUUCUAGCCAAGUAGAAUCAAGUCGCCCUUCUACUAUUCCAUCUUCUGAGGCAAACUGAGGUUUACCAUAAAGGUAGAAUUCACACACACUUUACCCCACAAAAUUAUUUUUUUGCAGUUGCUGCAAGGUGUAUAUGAUUUGUGCAAGUCUUGUGACUAUGGCCUGACAUACCAUCAGAUUAGAGGCCAAACUUUGGACUUAUUCAAAUUUUGCAAUGCAAGGUCACCAACCAAUCAAUGUUUACAAAAAUGCAUAUGUUAGGGGAAAGUGUGAGUAAAAAUGAAUAUAUGAGUGAAAAUAACAUACCAAAAUGCAUUAUAUAAUGAGAAAUGGCUUGCAUGUGUGCAUUAGUCAAAACUGCCUACAAAAAUAUGUUUAUUAGGAAAAAUUCACACUAAAACGCUGGAGAAUGUUCAUGAGGACUUUGUUAAAAAAACGCUGCAGGAAUGUGGAGAACUGAAUUUAAGACUGGAAAAAUGAAAAAUGGAGAAAACCAAAAUUGACAGACCUCUCCAUCCCUACUUGCAGGACCCAAUCAGCUAUGCUUUGAGCAGAUCUCUUGUAGAUCAUAUACAUUAUAUGGCACGCUGUGGGCAUGUGAAAGACAGGGCUGACAGUGUAUCUCACACCUGGCAUUGUACAAAGUACAUGAGAUAAAACAGUAAUCCAAUUAAAAUCUUGAUGUGAAGAGACAAAUGUGCCUG